AUGGCUGACACGCCCAAUCGAGGGAUUGUCGUCAUUUCCGGAGGUAGCGCCGCGAACAACCUGGUCGAUGUCUUCGACGCUGUACGAGACAGCAAGAACUGCUUGCUCAGUUACAUCAUUCCAAUUAGUGAUAAUGGUGGCUCCUCGUCGGAGCUGAUCCGAAUCUUUGGGGGCCCUGGAAUCGGUGAUGUUCGAAGUCGUCUUGUUCGGUUGAUUCCAGACUCGCCUGCCAAUUCUGAGCGGACAGCGAUCAAGACUCUCUUCAAUCAUCGCUUGCCUGCUGAAGCAGGGGCAGCAGCGCAUGAAUGGCUCACCAUCGUAGAUGGCACGUCCAGCCUAUGGAAGUCUAUCACCCCCGCUAAGAAAGAGUUGAUCCGCUCAUUCUUCAACAUGCUGAAUUUGGAGAUUCUUAAGCGAGCCCGACCGCCGUCUUCUACUUUUGACUUCACCUCUGCUAGUGUCGGAAAUUUGUUCCUUACGGGUGCGCGACUCUUUAGCGGAAGUUUUGAGAGUGCCAUCUACCUUCUAGGAAGCAUAUGUGGCGUGCAGUCGGACAUAGUGCGUGUCAUCCCGGCGAUAAACUCCAACUUCUCACACCACAUAUCCGCCACUCUAGCCGAUGGAACUGUUAUUGUUGGCCAAAAUAGCAUCUCCCAUCCGAGCGAGACUACGGCCCUCCAGCGCGACCGUGGCAACAAGCCCAGACGACCUAGCCUACUCCUUGCGGACGGAGAUGACCUAGAAGAUACCGGCUCUGAAGCCUCUGAUGCGGUGUCAUAUGAAGAGGAUCAUCUCCCGGGAUCUCUCGCUACCUUGCGGAACAAGAAUAUUUCUUUCAGCAAAACACAGAACGAAGACUUACCCUGCCGGAUCAGCCGGAUUUGGUAUAUCAAUCCAUACGGACAAGAAAUUCGACCACCCGCAAAUCCGCGAGUUCUGGAAGCAUUGAGCGAUGCCCAAGCUAUCAUCUACAGCAUUGGCUCCUUAUACACCUCUAUCAUACCGGCCAUCAUUCUUCGUGGGGUUGGCAAAAAUAUCAUGACCAGUCCAGCUCGCCAUAAGAUCCUCAUUCUGAACGGUUCUUUAGACCGCGAGACUGGACCUCCAUCUGCGCCGUUCCUAGCGUCCGAUUUCGUCGAAGCUAUUGCGCGUGCUUGUGAGGAAAGCCGUGGACGACAUCCACAUAGACCUUCUCACCACCAUGAAGAGUCGCCGUCAUCACCGGACACCAUCCGGCCACACACGCCUAUUCCAUACACUGCCUAUGUGACCCAUAUCUUACAUCUAGAUGGGCCUGGAACGCCUCAAGUGGACAGGGAAAGGCUGACAGAGAUGGGCAUUGAAACCUUGCGCUUAUAUGGGCGCAAAAUCACUGCUAUGGAGGGAGGCAAGGAGGUGUGCGUGGGUAUGAGAUACGACCCGAAUGCCCUAAUACAAGCGCUUGAGGUGGUGUUGGGCAAAAAAGGCGAUGCAAUGGUGCGUGGAGGCCUUGGGAGUGGGUUGGGCAGGAGAAAUACCCUGGACCCCGGCCGGCGCGAUAAAUAA